AUGGCUCAUAGAUUGUCAAGGGGAGAUAAAGAGAAAUGGAUCUGUAAAGAAUCAAGACCGGUUCGAAGACCACCGGUUAGGAUUCCAGUUUCGAACAAUGAGGCUCUGAUUGAGGAACAUAAACUGACCCUUAUAGGGAGAGUAACAAACCCAGCCAUUCAGAAGACGAGAGCGCUGGUCGACUUCUUCCUCCAACAUUGGCACGUUCAAGGAUGGAUUACCGGAAAAGCCCUAGGCCCACACCUCUUCCAAUUCAAAUUUGAGAAAGAGCAAGAUCUACAGCAUAUCCUCUUGAAAGCUCCUUUCCACUUCAUGAGAUGGAUGCUGAUUCUGCAACGGUGGGAACCUAUUGUCUCUGAUAACUUCUCGGCACUGAUCCCAUUCUGGAUUACCAUACACGGCAUACCGCUUCACUAUUGGACUGAUGUUGCUCUAAAAGCCGUAGGGAAAGAACUUGGUCCAGUAAAGGGCGUCGAUGUAGACAAGAGAAGAGUUAGAGUCAUGAUCAAUGGAUUGAAGCCGCUUGAAACAAAGCUGGAUAUUAGCUUGUCAGGCGAGAUCAAACAAGUGGAGUUGGAAUUUGAAAACUUGGAGAAACAUUGUUUUCACUGUCUGUCUUUGACCCAUGAAGUUGAUGACUGCCCUUUGUUUAAAGCGAAAGGAUCAUCUAGAGACAGAGAAGAGCGGAUGGGAAUCUCUCAAAACCGUACUCUGGAAAGACUUGAGGCUGAUAGAAGAAGAAAAGACUUAAUAAGGGGUGAUAGGAACUUUUCCCAGGGGCAAAGACACAACUCUAUCACAGCAAAUCAUUGGAAGAAAGAAGAAAACAGAGAUGGCUCAUGGAGAUCUGACACAAACUCUGGAUAUGACUACGGGUUCAGAAGAGAGACACAAAUAAAUGAAGAGUCUUACCCUCACACCAGUCGGAAUGUAGCGGCCCGUCCUUCGGCUCGUGAGAGACUGUCGUUAUCUAGAGACAGCGAAGCAAUCUCCCGUAGAGGAAACCAACCAAAAAGCUUCGCUUCAGGCCCAAGGAAUGAAUGGAGACCUGUCUCUGAAGGUCUAAAGAGUACGACCCCCGCUCGAUCAGGCUACUCUCAGGUGUCACAUACUCCAUCACCACGCCCUCAGCGUGAAGGUAUCUCUAACCAGGCUGGUUCAACAGAAACAAAACAAAAAACUGGAGAUGAAAGCAUACCCUCUCAAGAAAGAAGACCAGCUCUUGAGAGACUCUCACUUCCGAUUGAAAGGGUGCCCCUAUUACAGGAUGGUGUUGCAAACUCAGCUUCAGGAAGACUCCAAGAAGUUGAUAUUCAAUAUCUGGAGGAUACCCUUCCUCUUCCACGAUCUGGAGGCACUAACGUUGCAUCUAGCUCAAAGCAGCAAAAAACUCCGGUCAUGGAACACCAGGAAGGCAUUGUAGACAGAUCACCUAUAAGAACUUUAAGUGAAGAUAGGAUCCACGUCUCCCUAAGAUUAGGGCCGAUGGUGGCCUCCAAGUGCUAG